GUUGGGGGCAGGCAAAAAGAAUUCCGUUACCCAGCCGGCCAGCACUGAUGAUAUCUCGAGACCAAAACUUUUUGACUUUUAUUCUCUAAAUUGAUAAACUCUAAAAGAGAUAGCAAAUCUUUUUGAGUUUUGGAGGAGGAAAAACAGUAACUGAAACCAACCCAAUAUUUGAGAUUAACUUUCCUCCAUGGGUAUUUAAUUUAGAGCAACAAAGAAAGGGGGAGAGGAGCGUAGGAGGAGCCAAAACCCAACAAACAACCCACUGGCCACUUCCUUUGAGAAAAGACCCUCCAUUUUUUCUAAUUUGGCCGCUGAAGUUUCUUUCCAUUCUGGCAAUAAUGGUUGCUAGAACCCCACCAAAACAAAGGAAAUUUGUGGUGGCUCCUCUUAAUCCUGUCCUACUCAGAGAAACUGUAAAGAAGGUGGAGAAAUGUAUGGCAAGAUUGCAAGAGUUGCAGUUAACAGUUGCAGGAGGGUCUAAGGUUAUAUCAGGGGUGAGUUUAAGUCCAAGAAGUACUAGGGGUUAUAUGAGGACUAGUCUCAGAUGCAAACAAGAGUCCUUGAGGAUUAAGAACUUUACUCCAAGGAAAUCACCAGUUGGGAAGUAUCCAGCCACUGCAGGAGGUGAAUGGAGGAGAAUGUCAUUGCCAGCAAUGUUAGUAGGGGAAACAGUGGGUGAAAUACUUCAAGCAAAUCAAUUUGCAAGACAGACCCUAGCAGCUGUUGAUAACAAAACCAAGAAUACUUCUGAGGAUCCUAAAACUCCAUUGACUGAACACAGGAAGCAAAGAACACAGCCCGAAAAUACCGAGCUCAGAGCCAGAAGAAAGAGGGAGAAACAGAGCAAACUGCAACUAAUUCGAACUGAAUCCGACUCUCCGUCUCUUCAAAGGGCUCGUUCCAGGAUCAACUUCAAGGUUUCUCCUCCAAAAAUCAGGGAAUUUGAUAAGGAAAACAGUAAACAUAUGGCCAAUAAGGUGUCAUCAAGGAAUAGGCCGUGGGCUAAAAAAACUGUUUUAUUCCCAAACCCUUUGUUCAGUUCAGCUCCCACUUCACAGCAACAGAAGUUUUUCAAGACAAGGUCCCCAAUGAUUGCAAGAAAUAGACAAACUCCACAUAAGUUCUUGAUCAAGUCUCCUCCAUCAGCUUCCAAGUUUCAAGUCAAGAUCAAGAGCCUACCUGUGGUUUCUCUAUCUCCCACAAGAUCAACGAACACGAGCAAGAAGUCACCAAAAGUGUCAGCUGCUUCCAAGCUACGUAGGUCGUUUUCACCUUCCCGAUUAGCCAACAGAUUGAUGUCUCCGUUGAAGAGCAGGAUAAGUUUGCGAGAAAGUGAUGCACCCAUGAGUGGACUGAAACAGCGUUCAGCUCUAAUGUCCGUCCGGUCAUCGACUAGCCGAGUUUAAGGUCAUGAACUUUCUUCGGUUUACAAUGUCAAUAGUUGAGCUUUGAUCAUCUUUGGCUUUCCACAAUGUCUAUAGUUGACUUUGCCAAUUACAUUUGUUCAUUGGUUUGAUCUCAAUGUCCAUAGUUGAUUUUUCUUACAUGGUUGUGAAUCUCAAUUAUUGUUUGAUGUAAAAAGGUUGUGAAUCUCAAUGUCCCUAGUAUAGAGUCUGAUUCUUUGUUUCAUUGGACUGAGAAUAAACAAAGCUUGAAGCUAUUCUAUAUCUGUCAAUCACAAAA